AUGAAUUCCUUACUCGAUGAUCCAACGACACGCCGCGCCUCUUUGAGGAGAAAUUAUGACGAAGCUGUCUCGAAACUUCUUCAGACCCUCGACUCCCACCCUAAGCCCACAUACGCACGCCAUGAUCUCACGAAGCUUCACAUUACCCUGGAAAUGUUCGAUCCUGAUGUUUCAUCAUUUGCCACGUCUCUCUUCAAGCCUAUGUCGCUAGAGAAACUUGCCGAAUACUCUUUCAAUAUGUCAGAACAGUCGCAAAGCACUCAAAACUUAUACGGCAGGUAUAAUGAGCUCUACAACAGACUCUCUGAUCAGGCAGAGAUAGUAGGCUACCGUCAGCCGAAUAGAAGAGAAGCCGAUAUCUUCUAUCGGAAUCUGGAAAGUACCUCCGUCUACUUGAGGAGACUCUACCAGGGCUCCUACAAGAAGAUGAGGCGCUCCCACGAAUUUCUCACGGAUACCUUUAAGUGGACUCCACUUACAGGUGGGAAUUCUUUCGAAAAACUUCCGAUUGGCUUUCUUGGCGGCCAUCCCCCAAAUGCUCAGAUUCCGCUUUGGUACAUCGAGGCCAACUAUGAGUGGCAAGAUAAUCCCCGUGAUCCACGCACGAUCCGCCCACAUAUGAUGCUCGUUAUGCGCACCGGUGCCGUUGCCGUCGAAGGCGAACUGCUCUUUUGUGAGCUUGCAUGUAUUGCCCAGGUGAUCAAAAAUCGCCUGCAGCAAGAGGAUUUCACAAGGACAUCCCUAUUCCCGGUUCUUCUGCUAGUUUUGUGCGGAUCACGACAUGGCCGUAUUGUUCAGGCUAAAUCCAGCAAGUCUGGAAUCUUGAAAGCCCGAACUUCGCAGAUCCACUAUUUUGAGCGAAUGGUGUCGGCGCCUUGGGGCCUCUUCCUACGUUACCAUGUCUGCUAUCCCCGUGAUGGACCCGAAAUGGAAUUUGCCGGCGACGAAGAGGAGCCUGAGGUCAGUGUAGUACCUCCACCGGCAUCUCAGUACGUUUCCCACGAUUUCAGCUCCCGCAGGGACAACAUCCCAUCUACACAGAAAUCCAAGCACGCCUCCUCAAAGACCCCGAAAGCAGGAAAAGAGAAUAUUUCCCCGGGGAUUCAUGAGGAUGAAUAA